UAUAUCUUUAUAAAGGGCAUGUAGACAUCCAAAAUCUUUAUACUUGGAUUACUAGUUAGCUAGAAAGAGCCAUGAAAGCCUAUGAGACUGUUGACGGUUCUGAGCCUCCUCGCUCUCGGAAGUGCAGAAACAUCUGCCUUGCGGUGACCGCCGGCACUGUCGUAAUCGUUCUCAUUCUGGUCGUACUCUGUUUGACGGUGUUCAAAGCAAAGGACCCGGAAAUAACGGUGAACUCAGUCGUUUUGAGGAACUUGCAAGCGGACUUUAACGUCAACAAAUUCAGCGUCGACGUGAAUAUCACUCUCGACGUGCACUUGACGUUGAAGAACCCGAACAAGGUGGGAGUCAAGUACACCAACAGCACCGCGUCGUUGAACUACAGGGGUGAGCUGGUGGGCGAGGUCCCAAUCGGAGCCGGAAAGAUUUCCGCGGAUCAGACCAAGCCCUUGGAUAUUACCCUCACCGUUAUGGGCGACCGGUUCCUCGGAAAAACACAGGAGCUUUUACCUGAUGUGGUCGCCGGUACGAUCCCGCUCGACACUGUCGCCAAAAUCUCCGGCAAAGUCUCUAUCUUGGGUAUCUUUAAGGUUCAUGUGGUCUCGACCACCUCAUGCGAUAUCAAUGUCUAUGUCAGAAACAACACCAUCGGAAAAGUGUGUACGUACAAGACUAAAUUAUAAACCUUUUUUCUUCUUUUCUGGGUUUUAUA